AUGCAGUAUGAACUCCAGUGCCUGCCCAUCCCCACCUCAAAUCUCUACCACCCUCACCUACCCCCGCCCCUCCUCCCCAUCACCUCCACCCUCAUCACGUCACCCUCCCCCCAUCCCAGCGGCACCACGUCGGCAGACUGGGUCCAAGCCCCCUCUCCCGGGGGGAACAGCGAGGAGCUGAACGAGUCGCUCGACAAGCCCCUGGAGAAUGACGCAGAGGGGGUAUGGAGCCCCGACAUCGAGCAGAGCUUCCAGGAGGCCCUGGCCAUCUACCCCCCUUGCGGCCGCCGCAAGAUCAUCCUCUCCGACGAGGGCAAGAUGUACGGGCGAAAUGAGCUGAUAGCAAGAUACAUAAAGCUGCGAACAGGAAAGACCCGAACAAGGAAACAGGUGUCUAGUCACAUUCAGGUGCUGGCUCGACGGAAGGCCAGGGAAAUCCAAGUUAAGCUUAAGGACCAGGCAGCCAAGGACAAGGCUCUACAGAGCAUGGCCACCAUGUCCUCUGCCCAGAUCAUCUCUGCCUCUGCCUUCCAGAAUAAAAUAACAUUGCAGGGGCUGCCCCGUCCGGCUUACCCCGCUGCAACUGGGUUUUGGCAUGGAGCACUACCAGGACAACCAACAGCUUCUGAAGAUGUCAAGCCUUUCUCACAACAUAACUACACCAUUCAAGGAACUGGGCCACCUACAAUAUCAGGGUAUGAGAGCACAGUAGGCCUCACAGCAUCCCCUGCUGCACCCUCCUGGCAGGGUCGGAGCAUCGGGAGCUGCAAACUCCGCAUGUUGGAAUUCUCCGCUUUCUUGGAGCAUCAGCAAGACCCUGACACAUACAACAAGCAUUUGUUUGUCCACAUUGGCCAGUCCAACCCAACGUUCAGUGACCCUUACCUGGAAGCUGUUGACAUCCGGCAGAUUUAUGAUAAAUUCCCAGAGAAGAAAGGAGGCCUCAAAGAGCUGUUUGAGAAGGGACCCUCCAAUGCGUUCUUCUUGGUCAAGUUUUGGGCCGAUCUGAGCAUGAACAUCCAAGAUGACAGUGGCUCCUUCUAUGGCGUUUCUAGUCAGUACGAGAGCUCAGAAAACAUGAUCAUCACCUCUUCAACCAAAGUGUGCUCCUUUGGCAAGCAAGUGGUGGAAAAAGUGGAGACAGAGUAUGCGCGGUUUGAAAACGGACGCUAUGUGUUUCGGAUCCAUCGCUCUCCGCUUUGUGAAUACAUGAUCAACUUUAUCCAUAAGCUGAAGCACCUUCCAGAGAAAUACAUGAUGAACAGUGUGCUGGAGAACUUCACUAUCCUACAGGUAGUGACAAACAGAGACACACAGGAGACACUACUUUGCAUCGCCUAUGUGUUUGAAGUAUCCACCAGUGAACAUGGUGCUCAGCAUCACAUCUACAGGCUUGUCAAAGACUGAGGCAUUGUGGGACAGAUAUGGCUCCUCUUUUACACUCGAAUGCCAUGGCAACCUGCUGCUGUUGACCUCAGUGGAAUCACAUUUUCUUUGUUGAAUGCCUGGACAUUGUUUUCCACAAAAGGAUAAAUGGAACCAGAAAUAAGAGAUGGAACAUUUAACGAAAAUGAAGCAUUUACAUUUUGAUAACUAAUUUGAAUUUUCAAAUUUCUCUGGAUUAUUUUAGUUAUGAAAGCGAACACCAGACAAAUUGCAUGGACUAAUUUUUUUUAGUUUUAUAGUUUUUUUUUCUUUUGUUGGUUUAAUUCAAUUUUUACACAAUUGCAUGUGAGGAUAUGCAGUGCUGGGAGUGCCCAGAAAAAAAAAGUUUCCUGGGCUACAGAAAGAAACCUGAAAGGAUGUUUUCUGACCUCAGAUGGAUUUUAAUUCUCUGACUGAAACUUUUCUGUUUUAAAACCACUUUGUCCUGCCAUCUCUUCUGAAUCUGUUACAAAUCAUGGAGCUUUGGUCUACCCUACUGAAAAUAUUUUUAGCAAAUGAAUAAGACUUACCAGGACAACCUACUGAAUAUCAUUUUUUGUUUUACAGAUUUUAAAAUAUAUAUAUUUUCACAUACGAAAGACAACAUAAUGAAUGGUAUUUUAAUUGCCCUACCUGUCAGUGUUAUUUAUCGACCGAUCAAGGAGGGCUUUAGCUAAACGUAAUAUGGAAAUGAAUGUCGAAGGAGAGACAACUGAAACUGGUGAUGGAAUUGUAAUGUGUCAGCGUGUUUAGUUGUAAAGGGCUGCACUGAACCACUUUAUUGAUCUAUCUCAUGGUUUAGAUUAAAUCUGAGGUUCACUGGGAAUGAUCUAAAAACAAAAACCCUUUGCAAAUAUUUCACUUCAACUUUUGGUUUAAAAGCAAGUCAAAUAAAGUUGAAUGAGAAAAGAAAGAAAUGUUCUUUCAAUGUUUCAAUUUGUCUGCCUAUGGGAUGUUUCCUUUCCAAGAAAUCCAUACAAAAUGUUUUCGUAAGUAUAGAGUUUCAUAGCAUAUUAAAAAAUGUCAACAUUUGGAAAUAAAGCUACAAAACUCA